CCAAGUCUGUCUCGAACAUUCAAUCAAAUGCACUCUUCCUCCUCUCUGCACAGCUCCUAAACUCAAUCCUAAAACCUGACUCCCAUACAUCACAAUCAGAAACCAAAACUCGCAGCUUUGAAACCCUAGUAAGUAUCACCAUUGCUGCACCUUCAAAAUAAUAGCAUUUUCAGUGCAGCUUUGAAACCCUAGUUCACCGCCACGAAAUGUUCUCUCUUUGGUAAGGUGUUGAUAGAUAUGGCUGUUUCGAAGGACUAGAUAGAGAAACUAGUAAAGGUAUAAAUACGUUUGACGGAGAUGGCUUCUAUGGCUCUCAGCCACCCACACUGUUCCUUCUCAGUCACGUUGCUCGCUUCUAAUUCUAGAGACUACCCCCCUUCUCUCUCUCUCAUCAGGAAUUCAAAUCGAAAUCUAUCGUAUUUCGCUUCUAAAUCUAAAAGUCAGAGUUUGUUGGUUAAUCCAGUCAGGCUGCAGUGGUCCUCUCGCACAGCUGUUGUUGGCGAUACACCCGUGGUACCAAAUGAUCAUACCAAAGAACAGAAUCCCUUUCCUGAUCUAUCUGAUCCCACAGCCAAUCAUGGAGAGAUCACAAGGAAUGCUGAAACAAGGGACAGUGAGGAUGAUAUCGAAGCCUUGGAUGACCAUAAAAUGAUUCGGGUUUGUGACAAGCUAAUUGAGGUUUUCAUGGUUGACAAGCCCACACCAACCGACUGGAGAAGAUUGAUAGCUUUCAGCAAAGAAUGGAGCGAUAUCCGGCCUCACUUCUAUAAGCGCUGUUUGGACCGAGCGGAUAGUGAGGACAAUCCUGGUAUGAAACACAAGCUACUACGGCUUGGAAGGAAGCUAAAAGAGAUUGAUGAAGAUGUUGAAAGACAUAAUGAACUUCUUAAAGUGAUCAGGGGGGCACCGUCUGAGAUCAAUGAAAUUGUUGCUAGGCGUCGUAAAGAUUUUACAAAAGAAUUCUUUAUGCAUCUUCACACUGUAGCAGAAUCUUAUUACGACAAUCCAGUGGAACAAAAUGACUUGGCAAAGCUUGGAAACAUGUGCUUGGCUGCUGUACAGGCAUAUGAUACUGCAUCAGAAAGUAUUGAAGCACUGAAUGCUGCGGAGUUGAAAUUUCAAGAUAUAAUUAAUUCUCCUUCUUUAGAUGCUGCUUGCCGAAAGAUAGACAAUCUGGCUGAGAAAAAUCAACUUGAUUCAGCAUUGGUGCUUAUGAUCACAAAAGCUUGGUCGGCUGCCAAGGAGUCAAAUAUGAUGAAAGAUGAGGUAAAAGACAUAUUGUAUCAUUUGUACAUGAGUGCAAGAGGUAACCUUCAAAGGCUUAUUCCAAAGGAGAUUAGGAUAAUUAAGUAUCUUCUCACAAUUGAGGAUCCUGAGGAGCAAUUAUGCGCCCUGAAAGAUGCGUUCACUCCGGGAUCAGAACUUGAAGGGAAGGAUGUAGACCUCCUAUACACGACACCAGAGGAAUUGCACACCUGGAUUAAGGCAGUGGUGGAUGCUUAUCAUUUCAGCAGAGAAGGCACUCUUAUAAGGGAAGCCAGGGAUUUGAUGAACCCGAAGAUCAUCCAAAAACUGGAAGAGUUAAAGAAGCUAGUCCAGAACAACUUCAUGUGACUAUUAAUUAUAGUUCCCAUGAGCUUUUAUAGGUUCCUUGGUCUGAAAAUCCUCAAUCUUACUGUGGAUUUCUCGAAGUUCAUGGAUGUCAAUCCUUAAUUGUGGCUGUCCAUUGCUAGAAAAUAUCCAGAGAACUGUAUUCAGCUACAAAAGGUGAUAGAUGAUGAUGACUCGUCGGAAUUUGGGCACGAGAUAUAGGAGAACCUCUCUAUACGACACUGCACAUAUGCUUGAUCAUCUUAGAUUAAUUGGAGUGCGUCCAACUAUAGUAUCAUGUUAGUUUUGAUGUAUAAUAUGGCAUCUUUUAGAGGUAUAUGACGUUAAUAUGAAUGGAAAAUUUUCUUAUGCAAAUUCAGGAUUUUUAAGGA